GUCCUUGAUGGAAACGCAGACACAAUCAAGGGCAGGGAAGUCACGCAUUUCAUCGAUGAACCGGUUCUAACUCGUUUUAUCCGCUUUGAAGUUGAAACUUUUGUGGGUGCUCAUUCAUGUAUGAGUGUACAAGUCUUCGGCUGUGCACCUG